AUGGCCGAUGGAGGUGAUGCACCCGAUGACUCUAUAUUCGAUUUGAGUAAAAAGAAGAAGAAGAAGAAACCAAGAGAUGAUGCAACAGGUACUGAAAAAGAAGUUGAUGAAAAUGCUGCAAAUGAACAAACAACAGCAGCAGCUACAAAAGAAAAGAAAACUAAAAAUGUAGCUUUUGCAACAGAAUCAUCUAAAAACCAAGAUAAUGUUAACGCUGAGCAAGCAGGAGCAGGUGCUGCUGGCGAAGAUGACGACGAUGAUGAUGUACUAGCACUUCGUAAAAAGAAGAAAAAGAAACAAAUAAAUCGUGAUGCAACAGGGGAAGGCGAGACUCAGAGAGAAGCUACGAUUGGUACACUGGGAGAUGAAGCAACUGCCAAUGCAACAUCUUUACAAGGCGAAUAUACAUAUGAAGAUUUAUUAUCUCGAGUAUUCAAUACCAUUCGUGAGAAAAAUCCCAAUGUAAACGAUGGCGAAAAGAUUAAAUUGACUCUGAAACCACCACAAGUAGCUCGUAUUGGUACUAAACGUACAUCAUUCUCUAAUUUUGGUGAAAUAUGCAAAUCCCUUAAACGACAAGAAAAACAUUUACAUCAAUACUUACUUGCUGAAUUGGGUACAAAUGGCUCUAUUGAUGCUAAUAAUGCAUUAACUAUCAAAGGUCGUUUUCAACAGAAACAAAUUGAAAAUGUACUUCGAUCGUAUAUCAAAGAAUACGUUAUUUGUAAAACAUGCCGUUCACCUGAUACAUCAUUACAAAAAGAAGAACGUCUAUCAGUACUUCUAUGUAAUAAUUGCCGGUCACGUUAUUUUGUUUCUAGUAUCAAAACUGGUUUUCAAGCUCAAGUUGGAAAACGUGCAGCAACUCGUGCGAAAGCAACAUAA